AUGAACCCAUUAACCAAGGUGCAGCUGGUUAACAAGCUGAAUGAAUGGGAGGCUGGUUCUAUGGUGAUAGCUGAGGCAUCAUGGCACUCCGAGUACAAGGACAGUGCCUGGAUCUUCCUGGGAGGCCUUCCUUAUGAACUGACUGAGGGAGAUGAUAGCCUCUGUGUAUUCUCCCAGUACUGGGAGAUUGUUAGCAUUAGUCUCGUGCGGGACAGGAAGACAGGGAAGUGUAAAGGAUUCUGCCUUAUCCGCUAUGAGGACCAGAGGAGUACAAGUUUGACCGUUGACAAUUUUAAUGGAAUCAAGAUCAAGGGAAGAACUAUCCGAGUCAACCAUGUAUCCAGCUACUGCCGUCCCCCUCAGGCCUCAGAGGAUGUGGAUGAUGCCAUCAGAAAGCUCUGGGAGAAGGGCUAUGGGCCUCAGAUCCCCUUGUCUAGUUCAUCUGAUAGCUUGGAUGAUGAGGCACUCUCAGAAUGGCACAAACGGGAAAAACAGAGAAGAAAGAAGAUCAAAGUGAAUACUGAUAUACAAGUUAAAGAUGAAGAGGGACAAAUAAGCCAUCGUCCUUGCCAGCCAGAGGCCAGAUUUAAAAAAAGGAGGAUGCUCUAG